UGCCCUAUUUUGAACCUGGGAGCUUGAGAUGAGAAGGUUAUCAAUGGCGUAACAGUAUAAACCCUAUCGCACCAAAUCGCGCAUUCUUCAGAAAUCGUUCUACCAAUGGAGGGAGGAGGAAGAAAGGCCCCAUCUAAUCCCGGUACGAAGUUUGCGGUGUAUCAGAACCCUGCUGUCUCUGCUGCCCUAACCACCAACAGCCUCCGCCCCUCCAACUCUACUUUCAUCUUCAUUCUUUCUAUCUCCUCUGCUUCUGCUUUCUCCCUCUUCUUCAUUCUCAGGGAAAACGAAAUUGUUGACAGUUCCAAGCUCAGAUAUGUUACUCAAGACGUUGCUUAUCUCUUUCUGAAAGUGAUGCAGGCUGCCAUGGCUCUGGUUUUGAUUGGAUCCUUAUUUGCCCUUCUCAAAGCCAUCUCGUUAUGGAAAACAAGAGCUGCUACAGCUGCAUCUACCUCUACUGGCUCCAACGAGAAACUAAAUCUGACCAAACGACAACUGGAGCUGUUGGGAAUAAAGCCAAAGUUUGAACAGGCUGAAUCAAAGUCUUCAAAGGAGCCACCCAAACCUAAAGCUAACACAUCACCUUCAAAUAUACUUGUCCCCCUCCACCAACCAUUUAUGGGUUCAGACCAUUCAACUCGUAUAAACAGUGACAAAUCUACUGCUGGUAGUGGAAACAAGAUGCAUUCUUUCAGCACCUCUUCUAAGCCACCAGCUUCUCCAUCAGUCUAUCUUGUCCCUUCACAAUCACCAAAUUUAAAGACACCACCAGGCCUGGAUCAAUAUGUCUCCACUCCUUGGUCAAGUAAGCGAGCAUCUUCUACCCGAGAAAUAUCAACAGAAAAACAGCUUGAAACAUUCUUGGCGGAUUUUGAUGAGAAGUUUUCCAUGUCUGCUGGUAAAGUCGUUACUCCACCUCCCACAAUAAGCGGGCUUGGUAUAUCUAGCCCCAGUACCAAUACUUCUGGUACUACGAGAAGUACACCUCUAAGGCCCGUUCGCAUGUCCCCUGGUUCUCAGAAGUUCAGUACUCCACCAAAGAAAGGGGAGGGUGAUCUCCCUCCACCCAUGUCCAUGGAAGAGUCAAUUGAUGCUUUCGAACGCCUAGGCGUCUAUCCACAAAUCGAGCAGUGGCGUGACCAUCUCAGGCAGUGGUUUUCUUCAGUUCUGCUGAAUCCCUUGCUUGCAAAAAUCGAUACUAGCCACAUAAAGGUUAUGGAGGCUGCUGCUAAACUUGGUAUAUCUGUUACAAUCAGCAAGGUAGGACUUGAUUCGACAGUAGGAGCUACUGCAACUGUCUCUUCCAAUGAGAGAAAUAACGAUUGGCAGCCUGCAUAUACCCUUGACGAAGAAGGGCUUCUUCUUCAGUUACGCACUACUCUUGUUCAAACUCUAGAUGCUUCCAUGUUACUGAAUGGAGGGAUAUUUUCUUUAUGGUCGUUAUACACUGCGCUCUUUUUUGAAAAGGCUUUUCAAUUUCAUACUUUUGUAGCAAAGUCGCCUCUGGGUGGUUUCCAACAGAUGCCAGCGCAAAACCCUUCGAUCCCUGUCAUACAGGAAUUUAUAGAUGUCAUAACUGAACAUCAGAAGCUUCUUGCUUUGGUGAAAGGGGAAUGGGCGAAGGGUUUGCUACCACAGAGCAGUAUACGGGGAGAUUAUACAGUUCGGAGAAUCCGAGAACUUGCUGUAGGAACCUGUGUUAAGAACUUCGAGUAUAUAACGAACAGAGACAAGUUGAAUAAGAAAUGGAAUGAAGUUCCAACAGACUCUCAUUUGCUGGCGUAUCUAUUUUGUGCUUUCUUGGAACACCCGAAGUGGAUGCUACAUGUAGAUCCUACAUCUCAUGCUGGUGCACAGUCUAGCAAGAACCCUUUAUUUUUAGGUGUACUUCCACCUAAAGAGCGGUUUCCAGAGAAGUAUUUGGCUGUAAUUACAGGAGUCCCCUCCGUGCUUCAUCCUGGAGCUUGUUUAUUGGCUGUUGGCAAACAAAGCCCCCCGAUCUUCGCCUUGUAUUGGGAUAAGAAGCCCCAGUUUUCUUUUGAGGGAAGAACAGCACUUUGGGACUCUGUCUUGCUUCUAUGCCAUAAGAUCAAGACUGAUUAUGGAGGCAUUGUUCGAGGAAUGCAUCUUGGCUCUUCAGCGUUGGGAAUUCUUCCAGUUCUCGAUGAUGAAAACAGUGAGUGAAUAUUUCCCAUGUUGAAACUGUUGAUGUUUAGUUGAUACCAACUGUUGGAGACAAAUAUGGAACUUCCACCGCUAUCUUCCAUGUCUUCUCAAAACAGAAUUCAAUGGAGAUCAUCUACUUUGGUUCUCUUUAGUUGCAGGUAUUUCUUAUUAACAUUUCUAGCUACUAACUGCUGUGUUAGAAGAAGCUGAUUUAACUUUUAGUAGUGACCAUUUAUGUGUUAGAAAAAAGGUAAUUGACAUUUCUAGCAACAAUUUAUGUGUUAGAAAGGGCUGAUUGACAUUUCUUGUGACAAUUUAUGUGUUAGGAAAUAGUUAUGACAUAUUUAGACAGCAGUAUCUAGAUACCAGUAACGUUUUAGGAGAAGAGAAGGGCCGGUUAACGUCAAAACGACUAUCUGACAGGAAAAAGGCUUAUUGCGUGUUAGAGGGGUGCUCAGCAACUGUCUUGAGACUAUUUUAUAUUUUCGGAAAAACCCGAUUGACAUUUUCAACUACUACUUGCGUUAGGAGUUCAUUGAUUAUGUAUUUGAAAAAGAAUGUUUGAUCAACAUUUUUUGUGGCUAGAGUAAAUUGGUUUUCGUCCCUGCGGUUUGUAAAAUAUGAUUUUCAUCUCUAUGGUUUACA